AUGGCAGGCGGGGGGAUCCUCAGCGAGGCCGUUGACGAGCCGCUGCCCCCUCGACCAGACUCGAGUCCAGUCCCCGAGACAAGCACCAAAGCAUGGCUUUCCGUCGCUGGUGCCUUCUGCUAUUUGUUCCCAACUUAUGGCAAGCGAGAUCGCUUCAUGCAGACCAUUGGAACAGUCCAGUCCUAUCUAGCAACCCACCAGCUAUCAGGAUACUCCACCACCCAGAUCGGAUGGAUCACAGGACUGUAUACCUCCUUGUGUCUCUUCCUGGGGAUUCAGUUCGGGCCCUUGUUUGAUGUUUACGGUGCUCGCCUCCUCGGCCCCAUCGGAUGUGCAAUAUACAUCCCCGUCUUCUUCGUCCUGGCCGAAUGCACCCAGUACUGGCAUUUCAUGCUUACGAUCGCCGUCUGGGGAGGCUUCGGGGCGGCCAUCAUCUCCACCAUCGGCGUAGCGGUCAUCGGAAAGUGGUUUGUCCAACGCCGCGGCCUCGCUAUGGGCAUCGCCCUAUGCGGGAGCUCAAUCGGCGGGAUAGUCAUGCCUCUGAUGCUGCGGUCGCUGCUCCCCAGCGUCGGUUGGGCAUGGUCCAUCCGCGCCCUUGCGUUCAUGAACGCGGCGGCGAUGAUCGUGGGCUCGAUCUGUCUGCAGCAACCCCUGCCGCAGCAGAGCUCCGCGGCGUCGGAGCAGCAUCGCCGGAAGAGGAUAGCGUUGAACUUCAUGGCUCUUACGUCAAAGACCUUUACGCUCAUCACGAUCGGCAUCUUCGCACUAGAGUUCGCCAUCUUCGGCGUCUUUGGUCUGCUGCCGACAUAUGUGGCGGCAGCCAACUUCCCUGCCAGCACGGGAUAUGUCCUGUUGGCCAUCGCUAACGGAUGCUCAACGUUCGGUCGACUUCUUCCGGGGUUGGCGGGCGACUACUUUGGCCACUUCAAUGUCUUAGUCUGCAUGAUACUCUGCACGGCAGCUUUUACAGGAGCGAUCCUGGUUCCGUUCGGCUCCACCUCCCUCAAGGCGCUUUACGUCUUUUCUGCCCUCUGGGGCUUCGGCUCUGGCAGCUUCAUAUCACUUACUCCCGUUUGUAUGGGGAAGACUUGUGAGACGGAGGACUAUGGGCGGUACUACGGCACGAUGUACUUCUUUGUCAGCUUCUCGCUAUUACUGACGGUGCCUCUUGGUGGCCAGAUGCUCUCCACCUUUGGAACCCGGGCGCUGGCCGGCCUUUAUGUUGGCAUCGUACUUGCAGGAGGCUUCAAUUUCAAAUACCACGUCUGGCUGGCCCUUGCCAGUGGGUCGGCGAAGAAGAUCUCGUUCUGUGAUGGCACCAAGUACAGCAACAGGCUGAGUCGCGUGUGGGUCGAUUCAAAGAGAGACACUGUUGUGGUCAGCAUGGGCCAGCCUGGUACUCCAGCCUCUGGAAGACCAAGGAGAAACCCCAACAAGGACCAUGUUUACGGCCUUCUCCUCAACCGAGACGUGCACAUCGCUCUUGAUUCAUCAUGGGCCUUGUGUUUCUGCACGAUGAUCAAGGAUCAGGGUCGCAAAAUCUACUACGAUUUGGUCCGCGGGCGCAAAGAAUGCGAUUUCAUCAUCUUGAACCUGAAUUUGGACGUCAACGACGAGGAAGCUGCAAGCACAGGAUUGUUUGGCAACUCGGGCGCCGAUGAGAGUGUCUUGAUUCCCAUCGAAGACAAGCGUCAGAUGUCUAGACUUUUCGACGCGCAGGCCAAGUUCAAUACUGUGGACUGGCUGAAGAAGUGGGAAAACUUCACACAGUUGCGCAAGCCGACCAACCUCGUCGAGUUCAUGCGGCGGUGGGAGAAACUGGCUGCUCGGGAGAUGCGACAUGUGCAGAAGGGAUUGGAUUUCUUGACAGGUGUUGAGGUGGGAAGAGAGGGGAAAGAUGCUGGUGAAAUCCAGAGGCAAAUUUCUCGAGCUAGGGUGAUCAGGAGCCAGCAACCCAAGCUCCGCCCUGUGAUCAUGGUCUCCCGCGGCGUGGCUGUCCAGGGCUUCGUGCCACCAAAGUUCGACAUGGUCUAA